AUGGCGCUCGCGGUCCGACCCAAGAGUGACUAUGCAAGCCGGCUGGACUGGGACCUCCACAGGGACACCAUCACGAGGCUGUAUUGGGAUGAACGGAAGACCUUGAAGGAGGUGGCGGACUUCAUGGAGAAGGAACACGACUUCUACGCCACACUGAAGAUGUACAAGUCCCGAAUAAAGAAUUGGGGCUUGACCAAGAAUCUGAAGAGCCAGGAGGCAGAACGAAUUAAAACCAAAGUCGACCAAGGCGCGACGCCGACUCUCCCCGUGAUCCGGGGCCGGCAAAUAGGCUCCAAGAGAUUCAAGCGUCACUUGAACCAAGUCCAACCUCAUUCGCCCACCAACCAGUUGGUAGCUCGACGGCAUACGCAUAGUGCUUCGCCACCUAUUCCACAACGCCUUAAAUCCCCGAAAUUACUGAAGGAGGCCGAAGACUGCAUCCAAGCCAUUAUGAGCUACACAUCCAGUCGCUUUGACGACCACAUCUGGGACUUGUCGUCCCACGACUAUAAUUGGGGCGGGGACACUGCGUCCUCAUGGUGGGUGGACAUGUGGGUCGUGUCAGACUUGAUAGAACAGCGGCGCAGUUCUCCCGAAGGCUUUGAGCUGCUUGAGGAGUGCUUCGACCGAUAUGGGACCCUGAUCGUAAACCAGCACCCCGGGCUGGUCAGCGCUACACUCUGCACCAUCCUCCAGCUCGGCGGUGUCGGCCCCGAGCUCGCCGAGUCUCUCCUGCGGUAUGUGGCCGGCCUAAGCCAGAUCAAACUGGGGCCAGCUCACCCUUUCACCCGUCUCUGGACAGUGCUCGUCGGUAUGGGUCUACCGCAGAUACGCCAAGCUGCAUUCGCCCUCAUGACAGCACACAUGGAUGUCAUCAGGGCCAACACCGAGCCGGGCCAACGCUUUCGAACUAUUGCAGAUGUACAUAUUACAAGGCGGUUAGCGAGGUUCGCUGGGAUGCCCAUCCAGGCGGCCAACGGCAGAGUUUUCAAUCUCGCCAAAGAAAUCGCCGAGAAUAUGAAGUCAGACAACGACAUACAGUGGCUCAACUUCACGGCCUUUAUCAAGGGGGCCAUCCUCGUCGACGGCGGCCUCUACCAGGAAGCCGACAACUACCUGGAAACGAUCCGCGACGACCUCUUCGGCUGGGGCCGCAACACGGAGAACUUCUACGGACAGAAGGGCAGGAUCAUGGUCGGGCUCGGCGAGUACGACAAGGGCAUCGAGUGCUUCCAGAAGGGGCUUGACAUCGUCACAAAGUGGGACCGGCGCGACCUCUCGCAGGAGGCCUUCGCGUACCACCAUAUGCGCAACGCAUAUCGCCUCAAGGGAGACGUUGAGGGAGAGGAGAAGAUGAAGAUCAAGUUCCUCACCUCCUGGAACUCGCUCGUCAGCCAGAUUAGGGCUGGCAGGCUACACCCCCUCGAUUGA